UCACACGACGCAGCCUGAUAUCUUCAAUGACGUCACCUUCCUUGUGUUACACAUCUGUAGCUUUGAGGAAAGCUAUGUACGACUCACGCCCUACGAUGCCGUGGAACUGAUUAACAAGGUUUACAAUGAGAUAGAGAAAACAAUCCGGAAGUACGAUGUGUACUGUUUUAAUAGCGUUGGUGGGAAAUACGCUGUUGUCUCAGGAUGCCCUACACGGAAUUGCGAUAAGCAUGCCAAAGAAGUAGCCGAAUUGGUCGUCGACAUAUUUAGAGCCACCGGGAAUAUUUCUGCUCCGAUAAUCCAAGGGAGCAUAAGGCUGGCUGGUGCGAUUCAUACGGGACCAGCGAUGGCGUUGGUGGUCGGUAACGGGGCACGGCGAUAUGAAUUAUUUGGCCAGACUCUUGCUGUAACUCACCUUCUGGAAGCGGCUUGCCUACAGUGUUAUAUCCCUUUAAAGAGAGUGCAUUGCAUUGGACCUGGCAACAGAUAUACCAACCACAUGCACUUUGAACAUUUCAAUAAUGAAAUGAUGGUCGAGCGUCCUAGUGACUGA